AUGACUUCGGAAACUUCAAAACAUUACUACAAAGUCGGGGUUCUCCUGUUUCCAGGAGCGGACAUCUUGGAUUUUGCAGGUCCGAUCGAAGUAUUGUCCCAUGUCUCACACAACCGAAACCCGGACGAUCCAGAUAGAAUGUUCGACAUCAAGAUCAUCUCUGGUAGCACCGAAGUGCGCGCUGCGGGCUCUCUUACGGUCCAAGCAGACCUCCUCAUAUCCGAGGCCCUAGCUUCACUUUCUGACUUCCAUAUCCUGGUUGUCCCAGGCGGUCCGCCGUCAGUGCUAAAUCCGCUGAUCAAAAGCAACGGGCCCGAGUUGGAUCUCGUUCGCAAGUUUUCGAACUCGCCCUCGUUGGGGGUACAGACGAGGAUUAUCUUCUCUGUAUGCACGGGUGCCUUCUUUCUCGGUGCUGCUGGUGUACUUGCCGGACUUCAUGCGACAACCCAUCACCGUGCCCUUGAAACCUUGCGUGAGAUCUGUGCUCAGUCGAAUCCCCAAAGUGAGCCCGCCACAACUGUGGUGCAGAAGCGAUACGUUGAUGGGGGCUUUUUGGAAAACAAGUCAGUUAGGGUUAUCACCGCUGGAGGGAUAAGCUCUGGGCUGGAUGCUACAUACUACAUUGUCAGCAACCUGGCAUCCCAUGACAUGGCAACAUUCGUGGCUCGCGUAAUGGAGUAUGAUUGGCGCGAGAUUCAAGAGUGA